AUGGGCAAACUUCUUGUCAACGAAAACUACUGGCCAGUCAACGCUCAAGCGACCUGCAACGUUGCAUGCUGGGUCAAUAAAUCAUCUGUCGACUUCGAUGACAGUUAUAUCACCGCCUAUGAUACGUGCAAUACUAGUAGGACAAGCACAGACCCGUAUGGUGACGUAUACUACGUCGAUGCUGCGGGCCAAUACUCAUGCCCCUACAACGGUAUAGAACUUCUGGACAACGGCUACAUUGUCGAGGGGCCCAUUGUAGAGAUAAUCCUAUCGGAUUAUCUGGACUUUGACCCUUUGAAAGGUUUUUUUGACGUGUUUCUAGUAAUAUUGUUAUCUCAGGACCAGGCAGCGAACCAGUCUGAGGUUGGCAUAGGAUACAAUGUGAUCGUAGGUGGCGUCAUGCAUGGCGAAGAGACCUACCAAGUGCAGACCGUCUAUGAGGGAUCGUCUGCUUUAGAGUGUGGGCCAACCGAUGCCGACACGUCCGAUUCACACCUGAAGUGUAAGGCGCUUAUCAUACCAGCCGACAAACUGAACCGGAACAGCUGUUAUGCUCUCUCCAUGUUUGAACAGAUUCGCUUGCAAAUAGUGCUUCAGCAGGCGUAUUCGCCCCUGCAGUCUACUUUAAACACGACGGAUAUUGGACAGGGCGAGAACACAGAGCUAAUUGCGGGGGAACCCCCCUACGUCACGAACAUACCGUUCAACAGCGCCGAAAUUCAGUAUACAACCACAUCGGAUGACUUCGAGACGGUAAUGAUGGUGGUGCACUGCUGCAUGGGCAUUGUCAUGUUCUUGUACACCAUUGUUUUCACAUACCGGUCAUAUAAGUUUGCUGAGUCAAAGUUCAGCAACUGGUACGUCGAACGUAAGUGGGCGGUUACCCAAUCUGGGGCUGCGGUACUGGUGGCUGCGAAUCCGAUUUACCUCUAUUUUCUUAUGGAGCAUACUGAAACAAGCCACGCGAUCCACACAAGUAUCAUCCUAAUCGAUGUGCUGUUAACCAAUCUCGGUUUGGGGGUCAUUUUUUUCUUCAAUCUCUGCUUCUUGUCCAGGUAA